CCUUCCAACCCUUGUGCUCAAAGGCCACACGGCCUUCGGGACCUGAUCGCGAAGGAGAAGCAUCUUAAAAUAUCCCGUUCGUUUUUUAGGGAUUUCAAGGCUGCGCAAAUGUUAAAUGUCAGCUCUUCUCAUCAUUGUGAAGUAGAAUUCACCAAGAGAUGGAUUGUUCACCGACUCGCAGGGAAUGCGAGCUGGGCUUAGACCGUCGUGACACGGGCUAGUUUCCCUCCUGCUGGCGUGUUGUUGUUGUAGUAGAACCCCAGCUCGGUUCAAGAGGAAAGGUUCUGACACUUGGCGUCUGUGCUUGGCUGGGGAGCCAAUGGUGCGAAGCUGCCAUCUUUGGGAAUCGGAACACCUCUCAGUGAGAACCCUCUGAGAGGCUGAACACGCUUGAUAAUGAGGGAGUUUUUAUACAACCAGUCCUCUGGUGAUGUUUAACACUUCUCUGACUCUGUUGCUCAACCAGCACAUCCCCGCUCUGAGUUUCUUUUGGCACAGAGGCUCCAGGAUUUGUUUUUGCUUUAGCCAGAUUAUUGUUUUCAUUUUAAAUUUGGCUGCAUUUUUAUGGCUGGUUCUAAAAUGAUAUCCAGUGCUAUUAGCAGUUAUUCCGUCAGACUGAAGGACUACAAUAGCGAAGUUGUAGAGCUGGAUCCGCAAGCUGCUCUGAACUGUGCAGUUUCCCAGUUCCUCCACUCUGUCCGGGCUGCUUGUGUGGGAGUCUGGAACAAGCUGUUACACCAUGUUGUCAAAGCUGAUACCCUGGAGCCUUUCAAGGAACGUCUUCGCUAUUCACGAACAAGCUAGUGAGCCGAAUGGCCGCCUCUUGUUUUUUUUUUUUUUACAGCUUCAGCGGCGUGUGGAGUCUGUGGCCUCUGAGCAAGGGACUUGGAAAGUUACGGAAAAGAGACAACACCUCCAGUCGACUCUUUGAUUUGGACUCUUUUUGAAAAUACAGAUGUUAACAUAGCUGACUAGAUUCGGGUGACAUGGUGGCGCAGUGCUGGAUACCUGGGUUGGAUCCCACACCUGGGGUGCUGUCUGAGUGGAGUCUGCAUGUUCCCCCCAAGUCUGUGCGGGUUUCCUCUGGUUUUCCUCCCACAGUCCAAAAAUGUACAGGGUCCAGGGUCCAGGAGGCAGUGUACAAGUUUCUUCUGUUUUGUUUCAAAUCCUAUUUUAAGAAAUCGAUCAGUCUACACGCCUGAGCUGCCUUCCACACCCACAUUCCAAAGACCCACUGCGAGAGGCACGGUAUGAAAAUGGAAGGCGAAAGACUUCAAACCUCUACUGGGGGAGCAGGUCAAGGCCCUCAACAGCAGGACUCCGGGCAGGAGCCUGGAGCGUUUUCCCCUGAGUGGAGCGUUUCCUUGGCAACGCAGUGCGAGGUGCAAGCAGCGAAGGGCAGGCGUGACCGCGCUUCCACGCCAAUCACGCCAGACCGCCCGGACACGGGGGCUCAGCCCGAGGGGUGGGGGGCACGCAGAAGAGCUCUUGCAGGGGUGAGCGACACUGGGCUCGAUGAUCCCUCACGUUCGCUGACCGACCACGCUGGACAAAUGCAGACGGUCCCCCGGCGUGGCCCCGCCCAGGCGCGCUCGUCAGGGGGGCGGGGCAGAGACAUGUCGGGGGGACCGCCCAGGCCGAGGAGCAGGCCCCGCCCCCGCCCGGGAAGAGCUGCAGAGCGGAGCUCAGUCCGCACAGGCUGCCGCGCCGAGCUGGGCUCCGGUCACGCCUGCACCCGAGCGGGACACCUCCACGGCACGCAGGACCGCGCUCACAGCCGCAGCACCGCGCCGGGGCUCCCACCGACCGCACUCGCUCACGGACAGGACCACGACGCGCUUCACUCGACAACUAACGGGUUUUUUGCGGUGCUGUUGGUUCGUUUGUUUUUUUUAAGUACCGCUGCCCGGACUUUAUUUUAAAAUCAACCUUGUUUUUCUUGUUCUUUUUUUAAAAGAGGAAAAUAUAAAUAUUUUGUUCCGUGCUUCAGAUUAUUUCGGGCUGCUCUGCUGUAACAACGUGGAAGGUUUUUUGUUUUUCCUUUUUUUAGCUGUCAUUUGGGAUUUGCUGUCCAAGAAAAAUAACCUUUUUUCAUACUUUUCUGUUUUUUUUUCUUUGCGGAGGAGUUUAAAAGACUUACUCCAGGGGAGGAUUAUUUAAGGAGCUCCUGGUGAACGUUUAUGUUUUAUUUUUUAAAAAUGGUUUCUGGACUAACGGAUGUAUCGCUUUGUAUAUUUUGAAGGGACACACUUGUGUGCACAGUUCCAGCACAUCACUGUGGAAUAAGUAUUAUUGCCAUUUUUGCUUUCAGAUAAAUACUAACUUAAACAGAAAUUUAAUUUAAACUGUCUGAUGUUCUGUUGUCCAUUUCUCAUGGGAUACUCAGUUCCAAACGGCCCCUUUUGAAACAACGAUUCGCAGUUUUGACUUCAGGUCAGGAUGGAAGCCCACCAUGUGAAGAUCGCGCUCUGUCUGUGGUGUCAGCUCAUGGUCGCUGGCUCCAGCUUGGAGAUUGGCGCCUAUGACAUCGAGCGCGGCCGCCAGGCAAAAUGCGAGCCCAUCGAAAUACCCAUGUGUCAGGGCAUCGGCUACAACAUGACCCGGAUGCCCAACUACAUGAACCACGAGUCGCAGAGCGAGGCAGCCCUCAAGCUGCAAGAGUUCGCCCCGCUAGUGGAGUACGGCUGCCACGUGCACCUGCGCUUCUUCCUCUGCUCCCUCUACACCCCCAUGUGCACCGACAAGGUGUCCAGCUCCAUCCCAGCCUGCCGGCCCAUGUGUGAGCAGGCCAGGCAGAAAUGUUCCCCCAUCAUGGAGAAGUUCAGCUACAAGUGGCCCGACUCCCUGGACUGCUCCAAGCUGCCGACCAAGAACGACCCCCACGCGCUCUGCAUGGAGGCGCCCGAGAACGACACCAGGACGGAGCCCAAGAAGGGAGAGGGCAUGUUGCCUGUGCCUCCGCGGCCGAGGCAGCCCGGCUCCGGGAACGGGCGCUCGCAGGGCAGCCUGGGGUCCUGCGAGAACCCCGACAAGUUCCAGUACGUGGAGAAGAGCCAGUCCUGCGCUCCCAGGUGCUCCUCCGCGGUGGACGUCUUCUGGUCCCGAGAGGACAAGGACUUCGCCUUCAUCUGGAUGGCCGUGUGGUCCACCCUGUGCUUCGUCUCCACAGCCUUCACCGUCCUGACCUUCCUCCUGGACCCCCACCGCUUCCAGUACCCCGAGAGGCCCAUCAUCUUCCUCUCCAUGUGCUACAACGUCUACUCCGUGGCCUUCAUCAUCCGCUCGGUGGCGGGAGCCGAAAACAUCGCCUGCGACCGGGAGAACGGAGAGCUGUACAUCAUCCAGGAGGGGCUGGAGAGCACGGGCUGCACCAUCGUCUUCCUCAUCCUCUACUACUUCGGCAUGGCCAGCUCCAUCUGGUGGGUCAUUCUCACGCUCACCUGGUUCCUGGCGGCCGGCAAGAAGUGGGGUCACGAGGCCAUCGAGGCGCACAGCAGCUACUUCCACAUGGCAGCGUGGGGCAUCCCCGCCAUGAAGACCAUCGUCAUCCUCACCAUGAGGAAGGUGGCGGGCGACGAGCUGACAGGGCUGUGCUACGUGGGCAGCAUGGACGUCAACGCCCUCACUGGCUUCGUCCUGGUGCCACUCUCCUGCUACCUGGUCAUCGGCACCUCCUUCAUUCUCACGGGCUUCGUGGCGCUCUUCCACAUCCGCAAGAUCAUGAAGACGGGCGGCACCAACACGGAGAAGCUGGAGAAGCUCAUGGUCAAGAUCGGGGUCUUUUCCAUCCUCUACACCGUCCCGGCCACCUGCGUCAUCAUCUGCUACUUUUACGAGCGGCUCAACAUGGAGUACUGGAAGUUCCGGGCCCUGGAGAGCAAGUGCACGGGCUUCCCCGGGCGCAGGAGCGAGGACUGCUCCCUGGAGGCCUCUGUGCCCACCGUGGCCGUCUUCAUGCUCAAGAUCUUCAUGUCCCUGGUGGUGGGCAUCACCAGCGGCGUGUGGGUGUGGAGCUCCAAGACGCUGCAGACCUGGCAGGGCCUGUGCCACAGGAAGCUGGCGGUCAGGACUAGCAGGAAGCCCUGCAGUGGGGUGAGCUGCAGCAGCACGCACUGCCACUACAAGGCCCCCGCCAUGGUGCUGCACAUGACCAAGACCGACCCCUACCUAGACAGCCCCACGCACGUCUGAAUCUCCUCACGGGCGCUGCUGGCGGGGGCAGUCAGGAAGGGUGCCUUUGAUUCGCGUGGAGGGGAGCAGGAGACUGAGAGCCCUGCUGGCGGGACAGAGCGCUCGUGAGGGGCUCUUUCAAGAACGCUUGCCGACUGUACGCCAGCUUUCCACAAGCCAGAAGCAGACACUUUCCAGACCAGCUGAGAUGUUUUUAACACGGGGUCUAACACCGCAGGGAAAGGAAGGGAUACCUGGGCUGCCUCAGACAGGGACUGGACUUGCACAGAGGUGUAAAUAAGAUGCUUUUCCACUUUUCCCCCAGUAUUUGCAUAGAAAAUGUAAAAUAUAUAUAUUAAUUAAUUGUCGAUCUAUUUAUUGUACGGAUAUUUAAUUGGAAUCUGCUUUGGUGAUUACUAUCUGUAUGUAUUGCAUUAUAAACUGUGUGUGUGUGUCCACACACAGGCCUUGGCUGAAGGUUGUAGAGGCAGAUGAGAUAAGUGCCUUCAUCAAACCCGUAUUCUUUUUAAAAUAAAAACGAGUUUUUUUAUAUAUUUUAA